GAUCUAGUCAAUCCAUCAUAAAGGUAAAAAUGUCGAUAACGGACGAAGAAUCAUCUGUGCAAAGCACUGUGUUAAAUCAUCAAACUCUACAGAAUGAAAAGGAGGACCCUGCAGAUGAAAAGGAUAUUGAUUUAGCCAACCCACAGAAUUGGUCAUCCAAGAAAAAACUUUUGAAUUUUAUUGUAGUGUUUUGCAAUUCAUUUAUAUCUUUCUUCAGCAGUUCCAUCUAUGUGCCAGCCAUUUUAUCAGUACAACAAUACUUUCAUACAAGCAUCACGGCCAUGAACGCCACGAUUGCUCUUUAUAUAUUAAUUUCUGGUGUUGCUCCAUUAUUUUGGGCACCAUUAUCUGAAAGAAUAGGUAGAAAACCAACUUAUAUUCUCUCCAUGGUCCUGUAUACGGUAUUUUCUGUACUUUGUGGUGUAUCAAGGAACUUGGGUAUGUUUUUCGCUUUCCGUUUAUUACAAGCUGUUGCUGCUUCAGCUGCUCAAGCUAUUGGUGGUGGAAGUGUGGCUGAUAUGUAUAAUUUUCAAUCUAGAGGGAAAAUGAUGUCGAUCUUUUUACUUGGCACUGUAUUUGGUCCUGUUGUUGGGCCUAUAGUAGGUGGUUAUAUCAAUUUAUAUCUUGGUUGGCAAUGGAUUUUUUAUAUCAAAACUAUUAUUGGAGGAGUCAUCUCUAUUUUAAAUGUGGUUUUCCUUAAUGAAAGUUUGUAUAGACCCAACUAUCAACCUAUUCAUGAUGAAUCUAAAUCAAAGUUUGUAAAUUGGUGGAUCAACUUUAAAUUCAAUCCUUUCAGUAGUCUCCUACUUCUUUUACGUAUUGAUGUUGUAUUGGGUUGUUUUCCUAUGGCUGUUGCAUUUGGCGUAUUUUAUUGCCUGGUAACCAUUCUAGAACCCACUUUUAGUGCUCAGUAUCAUUUUUCCUCUGGUUCUGUUGGUCUUUCCUUUCUUGCUGGAGGUACAGGAAAUCUUCUUGGUGCUCUCACAAGUGCUUUGAUUUUGGAUCGUAUACAUUUUCGACUCAUUGCAAGGAAACGUGUCCAGCUGGAACAAAAAGGUAUAGAAUAUCAUCAUGGUAUGUUAUCUGAAUUACGACUUGUCCCUGCUCCUAUUCCCGUCAUCUGUCUUGUUAUUGGAGCAUUAUUCUAUGGUUGGUUCUUGGAAGCAAAAAUGGUUUGGAUUGCUCCUUUGAUUGGCAUGGGUCUUCUCGGAUUUGGUCUCUUUGGGUUGAUUAGUACGACAACCAACUAUCUUGUUGAAGGUUAUGUACCCCAAGCUGCUGCAAUGACAUCUGUUGGUAAUUUCACUCGUUGUCUUCUUGGUAUGGUCUUCUCCUUAUUAUCCUCCACCAUUCAAGCAUCACUUGGAAAUGGAUGGACAUAUACUUUACUCGCUCUUAUUUUCUUGGCCGUGUCUGCCAUCUGUUUACCAUUGUUGAUGGUCUUCGGUUACAAAUGGCGAACCAAUCCUGUAUGGCCUGUGACAAAAUAAGGUACUUUUGUUAGAUUAUCUUGCAUUACCUCAUUAGACUAUCAUACAUUCUGUUAUUAUAUAUAUAUAUUUGAUACAUCAAUGAUUUUUUUUUUUUUGUAAUUAUAUUCCAUAAUAAAGAACUUUUAUCAUCA